UCUAAACGGGAAAAAUUGUAGCAGCCGCUGAACGAAAGCGCAAAAUGCAUUUGCUGUUUGUAAAGUUAAUUUGCUUUGUAGUGAUUAGCACAUUGUGUUUUCAGUUUGUUUACCUGGCUAAUGUCUGCCAUUGCAUAAAGAUCAAGGAUUGUGCACCCUUUGUCCGGCUUUUGCUCAACCACACGCCCGAAGAGCGCGCCUCUGUGUUUUCUAUGGUCCAUUCAGCUGGCUGUGGCUUUCAGGGCCUCGAUCCUCUUGCCUGCUGUCCCCAUCAUCAGGUGGCAUCUUCACACAUCGGUCGCAGUUCACGCUAUGCUCCAAAUGAACGUUGGAUUUGGGACUCUGCAAGUACCUCAAAGCGCAAUCCAAGAGUCAACGUCAACCUCAAUCGCAGUUUAGCACAUGCGACUGAAAUGCAGUUACUCAAUUAUCGAGAUUUCACAGCUCAGCGCAAUUGUCCUCAGCCGCUUGAAGAGGACUACGAUGAUCAUGCUUAUAAGUUCGGCAGCGGACAUCACUUUCACUUUCAUAUUGACCACGAUAUGAAGACGGCGAAGAAAGAGUUGCGUCCAAUACCUGCUGAUAGACCGAUUGUCUUUCCCGGUGACCUGCGUUUCCAACAUUCAACGGGCUUCAAGGAUCAGGUCGAACUCUUUGCCGAUGCAAGUGAAGAGCACGCUUUAGAUGACAAUACGCCCACAAUCACGCCUAGCACUGUGGCACCAGCGACCGCUGUGAGACUGAACUCUGCCGACUGUGGAAUCAGUCUAAGCACCCGCCUAUUGGGCGGCGACAAGGUGGUGCCAGGCCAAUAUCCGUGGUUCGUCCGAAUCGCCUAUCGUAAUCGCACCAGCAAUCGCAUCAGCUAUCGCUGUUCUGGCUCUCUCAUUGCUAACAAUUACGUUCUUACCGCCGCCCAUUGUGUUGUUAACCUAGUGAGUGAUCUGGAAGUAUUUCAGGUGCGUAUAGGCGAUGACAUCUCCAGCCCGCAGGAUUGUGCCCCGAAUACUGCGAACUGUGCGAAGCCGAAUAUAUUCAAUAUUAUACGCGUGUUGGUGCAUCCCAACUACGAUCAACCGAAGUAUGCGAACGAUAUAGCACUGCUCGGCCUCAACAACAGUAUAAGUAAAUUCACACCAAUAUGUUUACCUUUGAAUAGCACGGCAGCGCUUGCGGAUAAAAUAAUUGGGCAAAUGGGUGUUGUGGCCGGGUGGAGCACAAAAGCGGAGACUAACAGUUCAAACAGUUCCGGCAGCUCAGCCACGGUGCGAUUCAUCCGGUUGCCCAUUGUGAACACGACCAGCUGUGCGAUUACCUAUGCAACGCUUAGCGAGAACUUCCAGCAGCCGAUUGUCAUCACGCCGAACCACCUGUGUGCCCAAGGCCAGCCCAUGAAGGAUGUGUGUCGCGGCGACAGUGGCGGUCCCUUUAUGGACGACGGCACUUCCGGCAUCCUCAAUGCCAACGGACGUUACACGCUGCUCGGUAUUGUGGCCUUUGGGCCAACCCUUUGCGGCGUGACAACAAUUCCAGGCGUUUACACAGCUGUUAGCUCCUAUAUAAACUGGAUCUUUGAUAGCAUCAAUAUGCUAAAUUCAACGGAGAUUCCGUUUUGGUCAUCAUAUUUACUUAAUUGCUGCAUUUACUUGAGUAGGACAUUAAGAGAUAUACAAUUAAAAGCAACAAAAAUAUUGCUUAUAACUGACGACGUUUUAACCGAAAACUUGUGUUACAUAAUUAAACGAAACAUGUUGAAAAUAUUUUCGAUCCACCUCAUUUUGGGACUUGCUGUGAGUUCAGCAAAUGCGCAAUUUUAUUUUCCCAAUGAGGCUAACCAAGUGCCGAACUAUGGACGGUGCAUCACGCCCAACAGAGAGCGUGCACUGUGCAUACAUCUGGAGGAUUGCAAGUAUUUGUACGGAAUACUGACAUCAACACCUCUACUAGACGCUGAUAAACUGUAUCUCAGUCGCAGCCAGUGUGGCUAUUUUAAUCAUAAGGUUUUGAUUUGUUGUCCGGAUCGUUACCGGGACACCACACCGGUGACGACUGUGCGACCCGUCACAAACAAGACAAACACAAGCCUAUUGCCUUUGCCGGGUCAGUGUGGAAAUAUAUUAUCGAAUCGUAUUUAUGGCGGCGUUAAAACAAAAAUCGAUGAAUUUCCUUGGAUGGCGCUGAUCGAAUACACCAAAGGCAGUGGCAACAAGGGUCACCAUUGCGGCGGAUCACUCAUCAGCACUCGCUACGUAGUGACUGCAUCGCAUUGCGUCAAUGGCAAAUCUCUGCCCACCGACUGGCGUCUGACGGGAGUGCGUCUUGGUGAAUGGGACACCGAAACGAAUCCGGAUUGUGAAGUCGAUGUGCGUGGUAUGAAGGACUGUGCGCCACCGCACUUGGAUGUGCCAGUGGAGCGCACCAUACCGCAUCCAUCGUACGAUCCCAGUUCAAGGAACCAACUCAAUGACAUUGCGCUCCUACGCUUGGCGCGCCAAAUCGAAUACACCGAUUUUGUACGUCCCAUUUGCUUGCCAUUGGACACGAAUCUGCGUUCCGCCACAUUCGAUGGUAUUUCAAUGGAUGUGGCUGGCUGGGGCAAGACGGAGGAGAAGUCGUCCAGCAAUCUAAAGCUGAAGGCCGCCGUAGAUGGCUUCACUUUGUCGGAGUGCCAGUCUGUCUAUAGUCGUCAGAACAUUGUCCUAGAGAAUACACAGAUGUGCGCUGGCGGCAUGGAGGGCGUCGACUCGUGUCGUGGUGACUCAGGUGGCCCACUCAUAGGCCUCGACACAAACAAGGUGAACACCUACUAUUUUCUGGCGGGCGUUGUUUCAUUCGGGCCAACGCCGUGUGGCCUGAAUGGCUGGCCAGGCGUCUAUAGUCGAGUCGGAGCCUAUGUAGACUGGAUACAAUCUACACUGGAACCAUAA